AUGGCUGCUGGUCAAGAACAAGAGCCUUUGGAUGUGGCCAAGGCCGAGGCCGCUAAGGGGAAGAAGAAGGCAGGUGCCAAGGGUGCUGCAACUGCGAAGGCGGCAGGAGGUCCGAUCUUCAUGCCCCCGCAGGCACAGGUGCUUCAGCCCACGGUGCAGGUGCCUCGGCGCUUCCCCGGACACUUCAUGCCGCAUCGGCUCUGCAACCACUGGAAUCUGCAGGGCUGGUGCAAAAAGGCCGAGACCUGCACCUUUGCGCACGGGAUCGAGGAGCUGCAUCCAGACGUUCAAGCACAGCUGCUCCAGCAGAAGCCGGGCAUGCCACCACCGACGGUGACGAAGGACGGCCGCUUGGUCGUGCACGGUGUCAGCACAGUGUCAAAGCCUGCUGGGAAGGUGGCAACUGAAACAGUGGGUUAUCCGACGGCCCAGAUGCAGUCGGCCCUCGCAUCGCUCUACGGCGCACAAGCGAACUCACUGCUCGGCUCAGGCACCACCACCCUCAGCCCUUUUGCUUCGGUGACCAACUUCCCUUUCAACCUGACCCCAGGCACCGUGCCUUCGGCACUUCCAGCGCUUCUCUCGCAGCCCGGCGGGCCCGGCCUCUCGGACCUGAAGGAGAACCUGAGCGACCCAGAGGAUGGGCUUUGCUCCAGCUCGCCGGGAACCCCAAGCAAGCGUGUGACGGGCCGUCCGGCACCAGCACCUCUAUCGCUCGAUGACAUCUCUCCUGCAGACGGCCAAGCAAUGAUGGUUCGACCACUGGUGUCCCCGAGUGUUGCGGCUCAGUAUACAACGAUCAGGACCCAGCCGAUGGCUUCGCCCAUGCGCGUUCCCUUGGUGUCUAGGCCGCUCCCUUCUCCGAUUUCAACCGGGACUCCGACGGCUGGCGCGAUGUCCAACACUGCGACAUCUGUGGCCAUGGCUGCUAUCUCAACGCCCAAAGCCGUGCCAGCACCGUCGCUGACCAGUCCGGCGAGGGUCACCGCGCACUUCAGUGUGCGCACGCCCACAAGCGGCCUCGUAUGGCCAGGCUCGCCAACCAAGGUGAUCUCGCCCGCCCAGCCAGCGACACCCGAAGUUCCGAUUGACAGGAGCACACUGCUUCAGGCAAGACAGGUGGCAGUUCGGCUGGAUCAGGGCCCUCCAGGACUAGCAAUGUGGGCACCCACACCGACGACAAAGGCAGAAACCUCGCCUCGCCUCAGCUGUCUGCUGGUGCGGUCCUGGCCAGGAUAUGUGUCUGUGGCACCCAGAACACCAGGCAGUGGCCUCUGUCGCGCGUGCGAGAACUCGCAGCGUUGGGAUGUGGCGCUCUUCGUGCUCGAAGAGCACUUCACACUCCUGGAUGCCAUAGCUUGCACGGCGCUGAUGCGCCUGCUGGGCGCAGCGAAGCAGUGGCGCCGCUGCCUCGAGGUCUUCAGAGACAUGUGUCGAUCUGGGCCGGUGCCCGAUGCCAUGGCACUCUGCGCGGUGGUGACGAGCUGCGCAAACAGCGCCAGCUGGCCUCAAGUCCUGGUUUUGCUUGAGGAUGCCUGGAGUCAGGUUUGGAAGCCCAACACAGUGGUCUACAAUUCGGCCAUCUCCGCCUGUGCGCGGGAAGAAGACUGGGAAGAGGCGUUGGCGCUUGCGGAGGACCUCAGCGACCACUCACUGCGUGCCGACGCAGUGACCUGCAGCUCUCUCGUCAGCGCCUGUGAGAAGGGGAAGCAGUGGCAGCUGGCACUGCUGCUGUUCUGUCACUCGCCCAGUCGCAACGCAGUCGCAGCCUCCGCAGCUCUUUCCGCCUUUGCGAAGGCCGACAAGAACGCUGUCUCCGUGGCAUUGCUACGGAGCCUGGCAGGAUUGCAGGUGGAGCCUUCGGCCGCCGCCUUCAACGCUGCAAGCUCUACAAGGUACUGGAAAGAGAGUCUCUUGUUCCUGCUUUGGGGAGAGGUCUUGGGGGUCGCGGCCACGGCCGCGUCGGCAGGAGCCAAAGUGAAAGCCUUCGAAUCCGGGAGUCAGUGGCAAAGCAUCCUGUCAUUGGGAAGGCUUGGUAGCCGAGCUGGAGGGGGAGCCGCGGGGAUGGUGUCAGCGGUGUCCGCCUGCGAAGAGGCCAGCGAAUGGGCCAGGACCACGGCGCUGCUCCUGCAGGCGCCGCUGCCGCCUUCGGUUGCAGCCUGGAAUUCGGCCAUGGCUUCGGAGGGCUGGCGGGCGGCGCUCUCCAGCCUGGACCGUCUGCGGCUAGUGCGAGGGGGUCCGGAUGCGUUUUCCUACAACCUGGUCAUCAAGAAGACGUGCGAUGGUUCGUCUUGGCAAUGUGCCCUCUGCCUACUCAAGGAGAUGGACGAACAACAGCUGGCGGUUGACAUGCUCACGUACCACAUGGUCAUGACCGCUCAGAUGAAUGGUUUGCAUUGGGCUGAGUGCCUGGCUACGUUGCAGGCUAUGGAGGAAGCACACGUAGACGAUCCAGGCAUCCUCGCCUAUGGGCCGGCAGUUGGCGCCUGUUUGAGAACUUUGCAAUGGGAACAGGCACUUCUCAUCGUCCAACGCCUGCGACAGCGCCGCCAAUUGCCCGAUUCGCCAAUGAUGAACUCCUGCAUCACUGUGUGCGAGCGUGCAGGGCAGUGGCAGCUGGCACUGCAGAUCUACCGCGACAUGUGCCUCUUCGGGCCAGCUCCGGACGAGACGACGUGCAAUGCCGCCCUCGCAGCCUGUGCAAGGGGUACGCGCUGGCAGUGGGCCCUGGAUCUCCUCGCCAGGUCUGAGUCAGAGAGGCCCGAGGCCUUGGGAUGCGUGCUGGAGGCCCUUCAGCUCUCAGCCAAAUGGCACCAGGCCAUGGAGCUUUGGUCUUUGCAGCCGAAGCCGAAUGUGAUCUGCACUUCAUCAGUCUUGCUGGCCUGCUCCCGCGCCCAGCGCUGGCCACGGGUUGCUGCGCUCCAAGAGGACUCCGCCGAUUCCCUCAUGGAGGCAUCUCGAGACCUGCAUCGAGGUGUCCUGGAACUUGCCCACGCCAACAUCGUGGUGGCCUUGCUGGACGCUUUGGAGGUGUACAGGGAGCGAGAGGCCGCCGCUUUCAGAAAGACCCUCUACGACCCGGCCAAACGUCAACUUGUGCGGCUGUCCAGGUUUGCUGCUGUUCCAGACCUGAUGGCAGGGGAGGCCGUCCUCCGCUGCAAGCUGCUCGAACGGCAGUCCUCCCUAGGACGCUUCUUCGUACACCGCUUCUGCUCUGAGCUGUUCGGCAGCCCGAGCAAGGUCCAAGGAGCCGGUGCCAAAGCCUCCAGAAGGGCGAUGGCUCAGGCAGGAGGAAUCUGGGAUGAGAGGCCGGUGGCAAAGCACAUCCUGGCCUGGGUAGUGCCAGCUGAUGUGUGGGCCUGUGUGCUCGUGAUGAUCACUGGCAGUUGCUCAGCGGGCAGCUCUUGGCAGCUCUUGGCAAAGGGGCUCGGCUCGGCGGACAUCGCGUUGAUCACGAGGUGGAACAUUCGCGGGCCCCACAUGCCGAGCGCCAGGAUCGGCCGUGCUUCGGUUGAAGAAGUUGUGAUCCCCGUGGUGGGCCGUCGGUACCCCGACGAGAUCUUCAGCGCCCUGCGCGGAGCAGGCUGCCUGGCCGGGCCAGAUCCCGCGUCGCAGCUCCUCGAACUCCGCACACCCCAGUCGCACUUGCAAGACCACGACAUCGCGCUCUGGUUCUGGUGUGCAGGAAGCGCGGACGCGAGGACUGGCAAGAAGACGAGCCACACCCGAAAACGUGAGGUGCGGUUUCCAUCCCAGAACACCUCCGAAUACGCGCGGCACUCUGCCGAGCACGCGAUUCAGCAACUUCGCGUGAAGACUUCACUUUUGAAUUGCGUUUGGGGUCCAAACACCUCCUGUGAACGCGAUUCCUCUUCACAUCGGGGGCGCGAGACAACGAACGAUCUGAAGAAUUUCAUAGCCUUACCAUGCUGGUUCGGGGAAAGAGAUGUCUUCCCAGUUCACUUUCCAAGAAGCUCAGGGUGGCAGCCCUUCGUCGCUCGUCUGACUCCCGAAGAUGGUCCUUGCGGAACUUUGGACGGGCUCAUGUCCGUGGACUUUCGGCAGGGUGCAAGCACGAGAGAGAGUUGGUACCGGAGCCUGGUACGUGGCGACCGGCAAGAGCUGGCGGCUCUUGAACCGCCGGGUGAUCCCGGGUGUCCCUCGAUGCCCUUCGUGACUUGGAGACCUUCGGUGCCAUCAGCAGUUUUGUCGCUGAAGCAGCCACUGGCCGAGGGCACCGGCUGGGUUGACCGUGAGAAGGAUCCGCCGCCGGCGUACUCGGGCAGUCACCCGCAAGUUACGCUCAAGCAGUGGCUUCGAGACUUGGAGAAGGAGAAGCAGGGCCUGAAGAUAGCCCAGGCUUUGUCAGCGCAACAAAGUCGGUCGUCGACGCUUUGGAGGCUUGCUUUGCUGAAGAAGGCUGAGGGCUACCUGCGGUACCGCCAGAGCAACCUGCUGGCCAAUGAGGGCGACAGGAGAUUCGUCAACAGCUUCGUGAUCAGCGCAAAGGCCGUGGCUUUGUCUGGAAAUGCCGGACUCCAAAGCAAAGUCGGCCAGCAAAGGAUCCGCGGUGUCGGGUCAAAGACCGCGGGGGUCGACAUCCUCAGGCUCGCCUUCAAAGGCCUCGAGCUUCCGCUGGAACAGUGGUUCGAGGCAGGCGGCCUCAUUCUUUGCCUUCGGACAGGCUUUGCGGCUUUGCGAGCGACGCGGGAAAAGGCACCGGCCCAGGUUGCACCCUCUGUUGGCAUCACCGCCAUGGAGUCUCAGGCAGUGGUGCACAUCCAAAAAAGCCCCGCCCUGCUCUCCUUACGCUUUGCGGGGCCCCUCGGAGUUCAGAUCCAUCGCGUGGACAAACAGUCGGAGGCCAAGCUCGUGUUGCGGAAGUUUGUGAAAUCCUUCUUGGAAUCGGGGAACGCCGCCCUAGAAGCAAGCAUGGUUUCUGAAGACGUGCCGUUGCUUGGCAGAUUUGACUGGAAACGGUCGGGGCCACGCUGCGCCGCGAGGGCGGCGAGGAAGUGGAAAGGCUACACCGAGCUGUACCUGACGAAGAAAUCCGUCGAGGAGGUGAAAGCGGCGCACCCCGAAGGCAACUACGCAAUUGCGUCUACUACGCGUUCGGAUGAUGCGAAGGAAAAGGACAUCACAGAGGAGCGUGGCCAUUGUGGCUCGAAGAGGACGCAGCAGAGUGGGGCAAGAUCCUCAAGGGCCGUGAGGGUAUUGAGUUAUGAGGAGUCGGCCAAGCUGAGAGAGGAGGGGAAGCUGGAUCGCAUCAUUGGUUCCCGUUUCGUUCGACGUCCGAGCAGAUGGGCGAAGCACGUCGGAGAAAGAGCAGCAGUUACCCAGUCGAACCCCCUUCUUGUGGACAAGGGAAACUUUACUUCCGGCAGCCCCGUGGGUUUGCCGGGUAUGGCCGCCGACCAGCUCAUCGAGAUUGCGGUUGGCGUUUAUGGCUUAAUCGACGGGCCGGUGCACUGGCGUAAGACGCUCACCGGCUACGUCACCUUCAAGCUCUACUGUGAUGGCGCAGCAUCGAGUGGCUGGUGUUUUGGCGAUUGUGAUAUAAGGCCGGCGAGGCUGCACGAAAGCGGCAAGUUCAAGGCCCCGGACGGCACGAUCGCGGUGACCAUGGAGAAGUUCGUCCUGGAGCGCCUGGCCCCGAUAACCAUUGCGCGCAGCAACCGGAGGAUCUGCUUGAAGGGCCCUGUGCGCCUUGAUGGCUCAUCUGGUGGAUUGCGGCAAGUUGCGGAGGAAGGCCAACUCCCCGUUAGCGGCGGAGACCCAGUCGUUGCUGAAGGGCCUGGGCGGCGUGAUGUGGACCACCUGCCGCUUAAGGAGGACUUUGGCCUCGAGCUGGUGUUGCAGCGCUCGGAUAGCGACGAUGAGCUUAUAAGCGAGCUCUCCAUCGUGGACGCAACGUCGCUCUACGACCACCCGACCCGAGACGGCUCCCCUGUUCAGGAUAAUCUGGAUGUGAGCAUUGCCAAGGAGAGCAUAGAUGGACUCGGGAUGAAGGUUGGCUGGGUGGAUCACCAAUCGAUGAUCAAUGGUCGGAGCCGGAGCCAACAAAGGCCGCGAUGA